CAAAAGGAUGAAACUUUCCAAAAGCAAGAGAAGAAAAUGGAAGAUUCAAUCGCUUGGUAAUUUGUUAAUUUUCUGGUUGCAAUGUUGUUUUCCGGAUUCUUGAAAAGAGUAGUAAGAACUUCUCAAUUCGAUAUCUGCAUUGCUUUCUCCUCCAUUACUCACAGAAAAAAGGUUUCAAGGUCCAAACUUUAUAAUGUUUACAGUACAAUAAGAUGUUUUCAGAGUGGUAGAUUUGACUGUAGUGGUAGUAAAUCUUCUUCACGGCAUUGGUCUCAAUCACCCACACGGGUUUUCGGGAAUCGGGUUUCGAUAGCUAUGAAGAAUGAAGCUCAAAAAGCUCUCUUUGAUUACUUGCAUUACACUAGAACUCUUAGGUUUGUUGAUGCAGAGCAUAUAAGUAAGAAUUCCCCUCGUUUUGUUUUGUGUUUGUUGUCCAAGAUUGAUACUCCUAAGGAGGAUAUAUCCCGGUCGUUGAACAAGUACUUAAGGUACAAUCCCAUCAACGAGUUUGAACCUUUUUUCGAGAGUUUGGGUUUGCGUCCAUAUGAGAUUUCGCGUUUCCUUCAGCGUGACUUGGCGCUUUUGAGUGAUGAUAGUAUCUUGUUUGAGAACUUUCAUGUUCUUUGCCAUUAUGGGAUUCCGCGUGGCAAGAUUGGCCGUAUGUAUAAAGAAGCAAGAGAGAUUUUUGGAUACGAGAAUGGAGUUUUGGCAGCGAAACUUGAAGCUUAUGAGAGCUUGGUUCUUAGCAAGCCUAUAGUUAUUAAGCUUGUAACUUGUUGCCCUUUGCUUCUUGUUGGUGUCAUUGAUAGUGAGUUUGUUUCUGUGGUUAAUAAGUUGAAGGGAUUAAACGUAGGAUGUGAUUGGCUUGCUCGUUGUUUGUCUGAUAGGAAAACAUAUAACUGGUGCCGGAUUCUUGAGACGAUGGAGCUUCUUGAUAAGGUUGGGUUUAAAGAGGAAAAGUUGAGUAGUCUUUUGAAAGCAUAUCCAGAUUUGGUGGGUGAAGCUUCUGGCAAUAAAGCUUAUAUUAUGUUUAAGAAGUUUCAUAAAGUUGGACUUCAGAUGAAUGAAAUCGAUAAGUUAGUGAUAGACAACCCAGAGAUGCUAUUAGAGAAAUCUGUCAAAAGAAUUAUGGAGGCAUUGAAGUUCUUGAGAUGUAUCAAAAUGGAAAAGCAGUUUAUCGUUAGUUUUUUACUGUGUCAUAUGAAGCUUAUCUGUUCGUCCUCUAUACUAGGACCUAGAGCUGUUUGGAAUAGAUCAAAAAUCGGAAGAGAUGAGUUAUGUCGGAUUAUAAAGGGAGAGCCUUUAAAAUUAUUCAGUUUAGCUUCUAAAGUUAAUAAUAGUAGAGUUCAACUUGAUUCAGUGGAUUUGAGGAAUGCAGAGAAGACAGCAUUCUUGUUGAAGCUAGGGUAUGUAGAGAAUUCUGAUGAGAUGGUGAGGGCUCUGAAAAAGUUCCAAGGGAGGGGAGAUAAGCUACAGGAGAGAUUUGAUUGCUUUGUGAAAGCUGGUUUGGACCAUAAUGUUGUUACUCAGCUAGUUAAGCGGGCGCCUCAUAUACUUAACAGGCCGAAAGAUAUCGUAGAAAAGAAGAUAAGUAUGCUAACUGGUUACUUGGGUUAUCCAAUUGAAUCCCUGGUAGAGUCCCCAACAUAUUUGUGUUAUAGUAUGGAGAGAAUACAUCAGAGCUCAAUGUACAUUUGGUUGAGGAAAAAUGAUGCAGUAAUUCCGAGGCUGACACUAAGCACUAUUGUCGGUGUUUCUAAUACUCGGUUUGUGUCAUACUUUGUCCUUACCCACCCUCAAGGUCUAGCUACUUGGGAAAGUAUAAAGAAAACAUCUACCUGAAGAGUGAAGGUAACUGGUCAGUUCAGUUAUAUAAUGUUAUCUUCACAGUAUAAUGUUAUCUUUACAGAUGUCUGUUGAUCGGUAGCAUUGUCUCAUUGCUGUGUUCACAGUCAGUGGCAUUGCAACUCUCUAUUCAACUGUGUAGUGAUAUGCAUUCCAACUAAUGGACAAGGGAUGACUUGGAGAAAGCUGAAAGAACAGUGACUCACACCAUAAUGUUCAUACGCUAGUUCGAACUCAGUGAAGUGAUUCUUAGACAGGACUGAACAGAUUGAUAAAUUUGAAAGGCACAGUCCUUCAUUGAUACAGUAUUCUUCUAUUGCUAUCCGAAGUUGGAAAGGCACACUUGAGGUAUGAUGCAACUUAAAAUGCUUUCUUUGUUGAAGGAGACAGUAUUGGUCAGACAAGCCCACGAAAGAGAUCAGCUAACAUCUGCUUACUGGGACAUACCUGUGACAGUUCUGUAUAGAAUGCAUUAUUACAGGUUUUUUGGAACAUUUGGUUUUGUCCUUUACUCUUAGCCACCAUCAGUCUAUGGCCU